AUGGACCUGAUAGGUUUUGGUUAUGCGGCCCUUGUGACCUGUGGAAGCAUCGUGGGAUAUAAACGCAGAGGUGGUGUUCCGUCUUUGGUUGGUGGUCUUUUUGUCGGCUUUCUGGCCGGCUAUGGAGCUUAUCGUGUCUCCAAUGACAAGCGGGAUAUAAAAGUGUCACUGUUUACCGCUUUCUUCCUGGCCACCAUAAUGGGCGUGCGGUUUAAAAGAUCCAAGAAGAUCAUGCCAGCUGGGCUGGUGGCAGGCUUGAGCCUCAUGAUGAUUCUGAGACUCAUCUUACUGCUGCUCUGA